AUCGGGAGGAGAAACAUUGUGACACAGAAUUGCUCUAAAGAUGAAGGAAAACUGCGUUUUGGGGGGAUGAGACAGGAAAAUGUAACACUGUGGAUAAAAUGGGACAGUCUGAAAGUUCAGAAGAUGGCUCUGUGGCCUAUAUACAAGGGAAGAUACAACAUCACCUAACCAUCCUUAAGAAAGCCACAGUUUUAACCUACAGUGAUUUCCUUCUAUCUGUCACAGAGCUGAACAAAGUUACCCAAAGUUUUACCGAUUGCCAUGGCAAGCAGCUGCUGUUUGCUGUCAAGGCUGGCACAGAUGAGACUAUCCUCUGGAAGGCGACAGUCAGGAUUAAAUGCCUCAAGGUGAAUACCCGUACAAAUUGUGUGGAGUCAUCACGGCUGCUGAACCUGCGCCAGUACAUCAUAUUGUGUCAGGAGAUCACUGAGCAGGUGAACAUGGGACUGCUAGACCAAACUCAACAAGGGGCCACCUCCAUAUCUAUGAUUCUCAAAGGUGUUGAUGAACUGCCUGGCCUCCCGGAUGACUCUGAUGAAUGUUGUAUAUGUAUGGACAAUAAAUCAGAAGUUAUUCUGGCCUGUGAACAUAGAUUCUGUGAGAGAUGCAUCGAUGCCUGGAAUGUUACUCACAACACAUGUCCAAUAUGUAGAGCCAAAGUGGAGAGUUCUGAUGAUACAUGGGUCCUAACUGACAAACCAGACUCUGAUGAAUAUGCUUCUGAGGUCAAAGGGUAUUUGAUGGGAUUGGCUGACCGGACUGGUGCUCCGCAAUGAUUGGUGGAUUUUUCAGAACAGAAAAACUUACAAUACGCAUGGGUUGACAUUGUUUUGAGGAGCCAUACUAGUACUCGGAGAAGUGUGCAGUAGGUGUAAAGUGACUGAGGGUGAAUUCUGUGAUACAUCUCUUGCUGUUAAGCUUGUAGAAAUUCAGAAUAUUUACAUCUGGGUCAGUGUUUGUCUUUCUGCUCUACUAAGAACAGAUCUCACAACUGUAUAUGCAGAAAACAAAGACUUAUGUUUUGAUGUAAAUACUUCUGUUUUAAAUGUUAUAUUAUAGUGGCAUAGUGUAUUAUAUUAUGUCACAGGUAGUUUCAUUUAUUACUGUGUCAAAUGGGUUCCUUGAUGUUAGUUAUGAAGUUGUGCUUUGAAUACAGUUUUUGAUGGUCAUACUGUGUAAGACAGUAAAUUACAGGCUAACUACUCUGAGACAGGUGAAGCAACAUAAAACAUUUAUCGUUUUAGUUUGAUGAUUUCUUAAGUGAUAGUGCUUUGCUACUAUACUUUUUAUCUGGCUUGAAUUUUAGGGAUUUUCAGGAAUACAUCUCUGUGUACAAUUUGACCAUUUAUGAUAUACUAGUACAUGGAGCUAUAUAGACCAUAUCUUAGUUAACAGUAUGUAAAUUUUUAUUCAUUUAAAUAGACAUAGAAGUGUACAUAUGUUUUUUAUUUUUGCUGUGUAACAGCACAUGUAUAUAUACAGUAUAUUAAAUCUUCCUGUAUGUACUUUUAAGUAGGCAGACAAUUUGUUACAUCAGUGAAAUGUUGUAGAAUUACAUGCUUUGCGCUUCUUACUUGAUUGCUUGUACAUGUGUAUAACAUUUUUUGUGCUUAUCCCACCUCAUUAACUUUUCUGAUAACAAUUUUGUUUAGGCACCACAUACAUGAACAAGGGUUGUACUAUGAAGUUUCCACACCACUGAUCACUUUCAAUAUGCAAGCUUAGUAUUAUUUCCAUGCUUACAUAUUUGUAUCAUUUUAGCAAAACUUUUGAAUAGACAAAUCCACACUAAGGAAAGGAUUUGAAUUCAUGACAUUAUGUAAAACAUUGAUCAAGGACUUUGGUCAGACGCCAGGAUGCCUGAGAAAACAGGAGGGCCAUGUUUUGGCUUUGCCACAGUUUGUUAAAAAUUACUGCAGAAAUGGCUUACUUGUAGUUGUUGAAUUCUACUAAUGUUAUUGUCAGGAAGUAAAUAUAUACAUUUUUUUAAAUUAUUAUUUCAGGAAGUACAUGGUUUAUCCAAGCGUAUUUUAGGAGCAUUGUAUUUUGCAGACUACUAAAUUGUUAUGAAGCCUUCAGGUUGGUUAUCGAGGCCAAUGUAAUUUUACAUGCAUAAUCCAAUUAUGUUACUGCAUAAAGUUUGAAGUUUGUUUAAAAAGUUAAGGAAUUAAAUUCUGAUUCAUGGUUUCAGACUCUGACAGAAUGUAAGAUGCCUUGUCACUAUGUGACAUAGUUUACAGCUAUUGUUGUUUGUAAAUGUUGAUAUUUAUGCUGUUAAUAUGCAUAAAGUCUCACGGAGUGUGGAUAACAUUUGUCAGGCUAAGGGGCAUUGGGAGGUCACAAAAAUGUGGCCUAAACUUAUUGCAGACUGCUUGAUCUUUGGCAAAACCUGGAUUACCAAUGAUGGCUGCCAAUAUUUAAUAUGGCAGUAUAUACACUGUCAGUGCUCAUUGUGCUGUCUCCACACAUAUUAAGAAACAAUAUGCCAGUGUAGUUUGGAAAAGCCAAUAUUCUCUGAAGCAGGGGGAGAUGACAAUUUCUGCGGUUAAGGUGUCAAAGAGCUACCUAGAUAUGUAUUGUAGAACACAAUGGAUAUUUAUUUGAACAUCACAAUAUACCAAAGUCCUACAAUCUUCAGUGAUAUGUACAUAUUGUGCUUAAAAAAGUGGGUUUGAGCAUUCUUAAUUAUGAUCAUGCCUUGGUGUUCUAGCAUUUACUCAGACAGACAAUGUAGAAGGUGAGCCAUUAGCUAAAAAUACUACAUUUACUUGUAUUAAUGUUUAACCAUAGGAGUCCUGUCCUCUUAGCUCAAGUUGUGUAGUUUAUAUUAGCGAGAACAAAUAUUACAUACCCGCACAAAUAUGUAUGUCUACACGAGUAGUUCUUAUACCUGAGGCCCUUGUUGCCUCACACUGUACUGGUGAGGUUGCAUGCUUGGAUUUAGCUUCCUCUGGAUAGGAUGGGGAUUAGGGAACUGUAAGGCAGGAUUUGAUUGGUGUUUUAUGCCGUAUUGAAGAAUAUAUCACUUAUAAAAGGGCAGCCGGCAUUAUGGUGCGAUGAAAACCCAUCCCAGCAUGAGCUGGACUUGAACUCACAGCGACUGCAUUGGUGAGAGAUGCCUGGGUCAUUCUGCCUCUCUGGCACGCUAACCACCUUGGCCAUGAAGGCCCCAUGUAAGGCCGGAGGAGUGUCGGGUACCUGGUAAAUGGUGGGGUGGUUUACUCUAGGCUCUUGCCUGGCAUCCUUCACUCAUGAACUCACAUAACCUCCCUUGUAUAUGUGAAAUAUUUCAGUGUCAGUAUGGCAUUAAACUCUUACCACAUAAAUACAAUGAUAAAAGAAAAGUGAAAUCAGAAUUUCCCCCUUUUUAUAACUUGAUGUCUAUGCUGUAUUGGUAUCAUGUUAGUAACUGUCAACUCAGCAAGAAUUUGGGUCGCAUAAAUGGUAGUUGCAUGAAAUGUGUUUUCUGUUUGAAAUGGUAAGCAGUGUAGAGAACUGCCUUGAUACAGUGAACAAGAAUAUACAUGUAUGUUGUUUAAAUUGUCUCUCUGGACCAGAACAUGUGCUACAUCUUCAGAUUAUUCAGUAUUUAUUGUGAUUAAAACAGAAGUAAUAACAUUAA